CAAUUUCUCUACCAAGUUGGUUUAUAAAGUAAUGAAAAUUUUGAUACGAAUACUACACGGAUCUGCAUGAGACAAAGUGGAAAAUGUUUAAAUUAAGACUUGAGAAACAUAACUUAUGAUAAAUAUUAAUCAAUUUUUUUAAUGACUAGUUGGAAAAUUGAUUUUUUGCAAAUUAACCCACGGUCCAACCGAACUCAUCUACCACCUAACCAACACAAAAAAAUAAAAAUACAAGUAAAUAAUAAGUCACAAUUAUAGCCAUUCACAAAUAAAUAGAUAGAUCAAUUGAAGUAAAAAAGCCCACUCAACCCAUCCUACUACAUGCAUGCUAAUGCUAUAUAUGUAUAUAUUCUCUGCUGGGCUCAUGAUCAUCAUCAUGAGACCGACACGUAGCUAGCAAUCAACAAAAUUAAAAAGGCCUGGGAAAACGUGAAUAUGAUGAUUAACACAAUAGAUAGAGCUACUUAAUCAGCCUCAUUAGUACGCAAAUCUCCAUCCAAAUCAACACUCCUUUCCCCUUUCCACUUUGUUAAUGAACAUUACCCAGCUGUAUUUCUCUCUUCUUUAGACGUUUAGUAAACUAACUAACUACCUAAUACCGUAUUUCUCUUCGUUUUUCACAGAUCAGAUUAUAAUUAUAUAUAAAUUGCUGCUGUAUCUCUGCUAAUAUAACUGGCAGUACAACUGCGAAAUGAGUGAUGAUGAUCAGCAGAUGCUGCUCGCACUAAUUACGGCCACCCCCGCCUUUUGCUUCCCUUAAUUAAUCAUUAGGUAGACAUAUAGUUGCGUAUAUCCAUUGCUAAUACAAACUUUGAUCACAUGUCGUGGAAGUUGUUCACAAUUAAUUUUUUUUUUCAUGAUAGCUUCUUUAAAUAGAGACGGCACGCACAUUACUCACCGUAUUCUUUAUCAUCGACACAAACAAACCGACUUCUUUAAUUGCGUUGUACACAUACGCACAUAAUUCUAAUCAGUUGUCGAAUCGUUGAAAUCGACGAAUGUUGUUUCGACGUUUCGAUGUUUUCGCAACAAAAUAUCCAAGUGACUUGAUUUGAUCUUUGACAAGUGAAUGAGUUGUCAUUUGUCCCAAUUCCCAAUUCUCGUGAACCCACCACCCCCUUAAUUACAUGAUUAGAUAGGCGUUUUCGUCAUAAUUAGCAUAGCCAAUUUGCAAAAACGUAAUUAACUUAUGGACCCAGCCAUUUUUGGGCGAACCCGGAGAUUGAAAAAGACCCACGAGCCAGACCCAUCUUUCACGUUCCAUGCACGUGACUCCUCGUUCGCCCAAUCUCCUCCUCAGCCUUUCUUUCCCUAAUCUAACCAAUUGAAUUGAAACCCUAAAUUAUUAAUUUAUUAUCACUUCCUUUUCUUCCGAAAGAGACUUUCCAACUUCCUCUUCCUCCCUCCGUCCCCAUCCCAUGUGCUUCCCUCUGCGCCCCCACUUCCGACCCCACACCGCCACCGUUAGCGGCGGCGCUUGCUCCCCACUCUCCCCCAAUCCCAGCGCGUGAGAAGGUCAACCGACUUUCCUUCCCCUUUUCAAAAAACGAGAUCCCUCUCCCCACACACAAUUAUUAUGCAUAUAUGAACCAAUCCGCAUCCAAUUCUCUCCCCCAACCAAACAGUAAGCAGCCAGCCAUGGGGAAGAGGAGAGAGAAGCUCGAUUCCAGAUCCUCCCAAACCCUCCCGCCGUCGCCGUCCCACUCCUUUUCUUCCUCCUCCUCCUCCGAUUUCGAGUUCACAAUAUCCCUCUCCCCUCGCAAAUCCUCCCCGGCAAUCUGCCCCGCCGACGAGCUCUUCUACAAAGGCCAGCUCCUCCCGCUCCACCUCUCCCCCCGGAUCUCCAUGGUCCGCACCCUCCUCCUCGCCUCCUCCUCCACCUCCUCCUCCUCCGACGCCACCGCCUCCCGCGACUCCACCGGCAGCACCUCCUCCUCCACCUCCUCCUCCUCCGCCGCCUCCUCCGACCUCCUCCUCCUCGCCGUCGGCGACUCCCUCUGCGACUCCUCCCGCCCCAGCUCCGCCGCCGCCGCAGACGAACUCGCCGACGAGCUCAAGCGCCUCACCGGCGGCGCCGCAAAAAAGAACGGCAAGUACUUCUCCCUCUCCAGAUUCUCCUCCGUCUUCAAAAAGGACAGCUCCAAAUCCGCCGCCGCCGCCGCCGGAGAAAACAGCAUCAACGUCGCCGGAUCGUCGGUGAGGCGAAUGAGCACGACGGCGAAGGACGUCAUCAGGAAGUACUUGAAGAAAGUUAAACCACUCUACGAGAAGCUCUCUCACAAGCAGCAGCAGCAGAAAAUGGGGCUUUACCCGAACGGCGUCGCUUUCGCCUCGGGAGACGUGAGAUCCGGUAAGGGAAAUGUCGUUUCUGACCCUGCGGCGGAGGAAAAGGUGAUUCACAGGAGCAGCAGCGGGACGGUGGAAGGUAGUAGCAGCAAUAGCAAUAAAACGGCGCCGGUUAGAGGGUUUUCCCACUCUUUCUCCGGGAACUUGAGGUACCCGAGGAAGCGGAGCAGCAUCGCGUCCAGCUGUCCGUCGUCGAUGCGGUCGUCGCCGAGUCACUCGGGCGUCCUGUCCCGGAGCGGGUUCGCGAGCGGGUCGGGUACUAAUAACAACAACAACAACAAUAAUAAUAAUACCCGACCCGGUGGAGCGGGUUCCGGUGGUAGCUACGGUGACGCUUCGUCGAUGGAGGAGCUGCAGAGCGCGAUUCAAGGUGCGAUUGCGCAUUGCAAGAAUUCGAUGAUGAUGCCGCCGCCGCCGCCGCAAAGGAAAGGGAAAGGGAUCUUGAUCAGCAACGAAGUCUAGCUUAGUAGAGUCGGUGCAGCAUUGGGUUCGGGUUCCGAUCGGGUCAGGCAGUAUGAAUUAUUGUUUUAUGUUUUAUGUUAAGUAAUUAACGAUUAAUUAAUUAAUCCUGAUCUAGUGUUAAUUAAUGUUAGUAGAAGUGGGGGGAAAUUUUUUGGGUUUGAUGAGGGAAGCGUCGAGGGAAGGUGGAAACGGUAAGUGUUGCGUUGCAUGUGAGGAUCUGAUGCUGUUGUUGUAAGAAACUUUUUAGUACGUUGGACGGAGGGGAAACAUUUAAUGUAGUUUUCUUGGGACUUGGCCGGAGGGCGAGGGGACGUGAUGAAAAAAGUUAAAUAAUAAUUAUUAGAUUAAUACGAUAGAUCGUAAUUAAUUAACACUAGAUCAUGAGCAUUUUGUAGGGUUUGUGUUGUUUGUAUUCUUAACUCUGGGUUAUUUUUGUCCGUUUGCUCCAACUUGUGUCUGUAUUUGAAUCUUUGCUGUUCUUUUCCCGUUGAUCUGUAUGUGGGUUUAAACAAUAGUAGAUUUGGUCCUAGUGGAUGGGUGAAUCGAUCGUAAAGAAAACAGUAAUUAACAU